AGUCGCUCUGCGGAUGUGUCGUCAGUCGGAAGUGGACUUCCUGGUCGGAGGAUCUUUAAACUGGAACCAGUAAACCCAGUUAGCCGCCUUUAACCCGGCUGUCGGUCCAUCCGUCCCGUUCUAACGUGGUUCUAACCGCGUGGUUCCGAACAGAACGCUGUCAGAGAGCCGUUAGAACCGUCCAUGUCCGCCUCGGCUGGAUGCUCCCCGUCGGGCCCGAACGCGGGCCUCGGCCCCGGUAUGUCUAUGUUCCGCUGGCUGGAGGUUCUGGAGAAGGAGUUCGACAAGGCGUUCGUGGACGUGGACCUGCUGCUGGGAGAGAUCGACCCGGACCAGGUGGACAUCACCUAUGAAGGCCGCCAGAAGAUGACCAGCCUCAGCUCCUGCUUCGCUCAGCUCUGCCACAAAACCCAGACGGUGUUCCAGCUCAACCACAAACUGGAGGCUCAGCUGGUGGACCUUCGCUCUGAGCUGACGGACGCCAAAGCUGAACGUUCUGUGGUAGAACGUGAGGUCCAUGAUCUGCUGCUGCAGCUCCACGCUCUGCAGCUGCAGCUCCACGCCAAGCAGUGCCAGGAGGGCGACUCAGACACUAUCAAAGAUCGCCUGCCUGCAGCGACUCUGGACCAGAAGGAGCAGGAGCUGGAGGCCAGCAAGAAGGAGAAGCUGGCCGAGGCCCGGCUGGAGGCCGAGGUCCGGCUCUUCAAGAAGGAGAACGAAGCCCUCCGCAGGCACAUGGCGGUACUGCAGGCGGAGGUGUACGGAGCCAGACUGGCUGCUAAAUAUCUGGACAAGGAACUGGCUGGCAGGGUGCAGCAGAUCCAGUUACUGGGUCGGGACAUGAAAGGACCGGCUCACGACAAACUGUGGAACCAGCUGGAGGCGGAGAUCCACCUCCACCGCCACAAGACGGUGAUCCGAGCCUGCAGAGGGCGCAGCGACCCCAAGAAACCACUACCUUCUCCUGUUGGACACGACCCGGACAUGCUGAAGAAAACCCAGGGAGUCGGUCCCAUCAGGAAGGUGGUUCUGGUCAAAGAGGACCACGAGGGUCUGGGGAUCUCCAUCACAGGCGGGAAGGAACACGGUGUUCCCAUCCUGAUCUCAGAGAUCCAUCCCAGCCAGCCAGCAGACCGCUGUGGAGGUCUUCACGUUGGAGACGCCGUCCUCGCCGUCAACAGCAUCAACCUGCGAGACGCCAAACACAAGGAGGCGGUGACCAUUCUGUCCCAGCAGCGAGGACAGAUCGAGUUCGAGGUGGUGUACGUAGCCCCGGAGGUGGACAGCGACGACGAGAACGUGGAGUACGAAGACGACAGCGGCCAUCGCUACCGACUGUACCUGGACGAGCUGGAGGAUGGCAGCACGGCGCCCCCUAGCAACAGCUCAGCGUCACUGCAGACUCUGGAGAAGAUGACCCUCAGUAACGGACCGGAGAACGGCGACGCUGGAAUCUGCAGCGAGACGCCUUCAGAGGAAACUCCAUCCAAACCUCCGGAGACCAACUGUUCCUCCUAGAACCUCUGCAGAACUGGAACUGAGACUCCAAUGACAAUCUGUAGGACGAGGGAGAACCAGCAGAGUUCUCCUUCGUCCUCUGGGUCGGGGUUCAGGGUUUAGAGCUGGGUCCAGGUAGGAGGAACCAGGAGAUGUUUGAGGAUGUUUGUGGUGAAGACAGAAAGCUGCAGGAGCUUCAUGUUUGUUUGCUUCUCCAGCUUCUGUCUCUGUUCUUCUGUAAAAUAUCUGGAAGAUUCCUCCCUGAGCUGCUCACAGUCCGAGCAGAUCAGGGAGGACUGAUGGGGUCUCCAUGGAAUCACUUUUAGUAGAACAUCUAACCUUCUAAAGAGCUAAACGUCUGCCCAGUGAGGAGAAGAACUUUUAGUGAUGGUUUCAGAGAAUAAACUCGACAACAUUCAGGCUCCUUCAGAUGUUCAGUGAAGGAACCUGAGCAGGUUAAUAUCAGAGCAAAGGAAACAGGACGUUCAUGCUGAAGAUCCUCAAACACCUUCAACAGCUUCUUCUGCACAGCGACCCAUCAAACCCUGAACAUCUAGUCAUAGGAACCUUAUCUUCUGCAGCCUCGUGUUGAAUUUUAGCUCGUUGCUCGUCUCCAAAGCUCGGUUCUCCGGUGAGUUCAGGUCCCACAGAUGUUUAGGAUCAGGAGGAACGAGCGGCCGUCCUUAUUUAAGUGUAGAAGCACAAAGACAGCAUGAAGGAACCUUCUAGCAGGUUCUCCAGGACUUUCUCCUCCAUCACUCUCUGAACUGCUGCUAGGCUUGACUUUCUAAGUGCUCUAACAUGUCGGCAUAUCACUAAUGUGUGGAUAAUCCGGGGGGGAACACUAUACCGUUAGAACGUCACCGAAUACAAACCAUUUAUUAACCGUCUGUGUUGCUCUGUUCUGUUCUUCUUGUUCUUGUGACACGUUCUGCUGGAACGACACUCGUUUUGUCAGGACACUUUACAGUGGAAUAAAAGUGAUGAAGGCGGAAACCAGCCGUGACUCUCAGAACAUCCAGAGGUUCUACAUAGAACCCUCAAAGCAGAACCAAGGUCCCCCAGAACCAGCUGGUUCUUUAUUUAGUAUAUUUAGUAGAAGUUCUACCUUCAGACUGGGAAUAUUUCCAGGGUUCCAGGUCCUUGAAGUCCAUAGAGGAGAACGUCCCCCGGACAAAGUUCUAGAAUAGACCCUCCGACAACUGGAGAAAGUUCGAGAGUAGGUCUACUCUAGAACUUUCUCCAGAGGACGUUCUUCUCGAUGGAUUUCAAGGACCUGGAACCCUGGAAAUAUUCCCAGCAUGAAGGUACAAAUUCUGAUCGUUAAUAAAGUUACUGGAGAUGAAGAACCAGAUGUUCUGAGGAGGUUCUGGUUUAGGAUUGUACGAUAAUCUGCUGCUAAUAGGGUUCUGACCCAAAGGAAGUAGAACCUCGUGUUGGAGCUGAUAGAACUCUAAUGUCAGGUUCUGUUUCUCUGUUACGGUUUCCUUCUUCUCUGAUCUUUACAGGUGAUGUGUUCAAGUCCAGAUUUUUUUUUUUUUUUAAGCCUUUAAAUAAAGUUUUGUUCCAAUUUGG